AUGAAGAUGGAUUUAAAUAGGAAAGAAUGCAAGAAAAUAUUUAAACUCUAAUAAAAUUUGAAUUAAGUAUUAAAAUACUAACAUUACUUCAAAUUCCAAUUAUCAAUCAAUUUUAUAAAAAAAUACUAUUCAUAUGACUCAUAAAUUAAAGAAAAUUUAUAUAUUAAUUAGUAUUUUUAGAAUAAUUCAUAACAAUCAAAUUAAUUACAAUAAAUAUUAGAAAUUAAUUAAAAGAAAUCGAAAAGAUCUUAGAAUAAAAGUAAAACAAGUAAUCUGAAUUACAAGAAGCAGAAAUGCUAUUCAAAAUGGCUAUGUAUUAACAAAUUAAGGUUAAUAUUAAGAAGCUCUGAAAAUUUAAGAUAAUUCAUUGUCUCUGUUAAAUAUAAUAAAUAAGAUAUUUAUGUGGAAAGGUAAUAUAAAUAGUUUAUUAUUCUAAGGACAAUCAUUAAAUUUAACUCAUUCACAUUUUCACUUAAUUAUAUUUAUCAAAAAAGACUAUAAGAAGGAAUCAAAAUGUUGUGA